AUGCAGUGCAUAUUCAGGGGAAAUAACAUACCGUAUAAAUUGGAUCAAGACUCCACGCAGUCCUUUUCUCAUAGUUUCUCUGCGUGUCCCAACAUCGUCUAUAUAAACACGUCUGUCUCAUUCAAUCUCACUAGUAAUAUGUUGACCUUGCCUCGCUUCACGGUUGCUCUCGCUCUCGCAUCCUCUAUCUUCGGUGCUACUAUUCCUGCAGUACCCUCACGCCGCUCCGGGGAGCUUUGGGAGGGUUUGGAACAUGAAGAAGUAGACCUAAGAGGUCUAGCACCCUCUCGCCGCUCUGGGGAGCUCUGGGAGGGUUUGGAACACGAAGAAGUAGACUUAAGAGGUCUAGCAUCCUCUCGCCGCUCUGGGGAGCUUUGGUUGGGAGCGGAACAUGAAGAGGUAGACGCGUCUAGCACUCUUGCACUGAUCUGA